CAUGUGAUCACGUUCCAGAGAAAGUCACUUCGAUGCCUGAAGGUUCUUAACACUCUCUGAAAUGCUGAGAAGAAAACUUCGUCACUGUCAUAUCCUACGCUUCAAGUUUCUUCUGGUGUUAGUUUUUACAGUAGGGGCUUUGUCCCUUAUCAAAAUUCACCAGAAACCAGAUUAUCUGCAUCAUGAGAAUCUGGAACUCGUAGGUGAAUACCCCAACAGUAAUGUAAACUGUACAAAAAUAUUGCAGGGUGAUCAGGAGGAAAUUCAGAAAGUAAAGCUGGAGUUGUUAACUGUGUCUUUUAGGAAAAGCCGUAAACUAACAGCAAAUGAUUAUAUUAACAUGACAACUGAUUGUGCCUCUUUUAUAAAGAAGCGGAAAUAUAUUAUGGAACCUCUGAGCAAAGAAGAAGCAGAAUUUCCACUUGCAUACUCAAUAGUGGUUUAUCACAAAAUUAAUAUGUUUGAUAGACUUCUGAGAUCUGUAUAUGCACCCCAAAACUAUUACUGCAUUCAUGUGGAUAAGAAGUCCCCAGAAUCCUUCUUGGCUGCGGUGAAGGGGAUUGCUUCAUGUUUUGACAAUGUCUUCAUUGCGAGCCAGCUGGAGAGUGUAGUGUAUGCUUCGUGGAGCAGAGUGCAAGCAGACCUCAACUGCAUGAAAGACCUCUACAGGAGGAGUACAAGCUGGAAGUAUUUGAUCAACCUUUGUGGUAUGGAUUUCCCAAUCAAGACCAACCAGGAAAUAGCAGAGAAACUGAAAGCUCUCAAGGGUGAAAACAGCUUGGAAACCGAGAAAAUGCCUUCAUACAAGGAGAUACGGUGGAAGAAGCAUUAUGAAAUUGUUGACGGUAAAGUAAAGAAUAUGGGAAUAGACAAACAACACCCACCUAUCAGUACACCCAUUUUCUCUGGCAGUGCCUACUUUGUUGUAAGUAGGAGGUUUGUCGAGUAUGUCUUAGAAAACAGCAAAAUCCUUUCUUUUAUAGAGUGGGCUAAAGACACUUACAGUCCUGAUGAGUACUUGUGGGCUACUAUUCAACGAAUCCCUGAAGUGCCAGGUGCUGUUUCUGCUAGUGACAAAUACGAUGUCUCUGAUAUGAAUGCUCUUGCCAGAUUUGUCAAGUGGCAUUACUUUGAGGGGGACGUGUCCAAGGGUGCCCCAUAUCCACCCUGUAAUGGGGUUCAUGUCCGUUCUGUGUGUGUCUUUGGAGUUGGAGACUUGAACUGGAUGUUGCAAAAACACCACUUUUUUGCCAACAAGUUUGACACUGACAUUGAUCCCUUCGCAGUCCAGUGCUUGGAAGAAUAUUUAAGGGACAAAGCUCUGUAUCAAUGCAGACAUUAAAAUGUAAAGUUCUGCAGGUGUGAGCCCUCUCCCUCUGAUAAGGAAGUCAAAAAGAAGAUUUUAGCUGUCUGUUGAUAAGAGUCAGGUGUGCCUUUCUUUUCACUUGGGCUUUUCCCCCCUCAAAAAACACAGAACUCACAGGGUUUUUAUUUAGCUGCUGCUGCUUCAUGUGCUUCUUAUUGUCUGUCUCCUGUACCCUAAAGAUUCCCAUCUGCUUAUUCCAUUGUAGCAGAAUGUAGGCAUAAAACCUCAAGGUUGCAAAGUUAACACUUUGUUAACUAGUCACUUAGUUUGCCUUUAUCAUAUCUGAUAUCCAAAUAAUGUUGACCCUAAUGUUGCCAAGACAAUUGAUUUCAUAAUGCAGAAUACAGAUGCCCAAUUGAAAGAUGCAAGAAUCAUAAGAGAGCAUCUCAGGGAGUGUCUAGAAAGAACUGGCAACAAAUGAAAAGGGAAUGGACAAAAGACCAAAGCCACACAGUUACCAGACAUUUCCACAUUUCUAUUUUGCCUAGUUAAUUUGGAUGUAGAGAUACCUAAAUCUUCCCUUUUCUGAGUAUUCUAAUAUUUUACAAACUGCACCACCAGCAUAAACAGUCUUGCAUUUAGUGUAGUUUUAAAAAAAAUUGGUGUGUGGUUUAUUGAAGCAUAAAUUGUCUUCUGAAUCAAGGUUUGCAGCUGUUUCAGAGGUGACACAAGAUACAAAUUUCUCAGGGAAAUAUUAUGUUAGUACAAACAAUUCAUUAUAUAUUGCAUUAUGACAUUGGUAUGUUGCUUCAUACCCUUUUCAGAAGUUUUUCUCCAUUGAGUGGAGUGAGAUUCUACCUUAGCAACACUGGUCUUUGACUGUCGGAAACUCAGCCAUAAAGUAAACAGUUUCCUGCAGCUGCUGGUGUGUUAAAUGCUAAUAAAGCAUUCAAAAUUAUAAAUAAUAUAUAAAACCUCUUUUCUAGCCAGUCUUAUCAUAUAACUGAUAGCUGAUAUGUUUUAGACAACUUUUCUUCCCAGGUUCUGUCUGAGGAUGUGUAGAUGGUGUAUUUCCAAAUGUGUUCUCCCUGCCAACCAUAAUAAAACAUCCCAAAGGGAUUUCACAUACAUUGGAAGGAAUAUUUCUUUUUUCUACAAGCAGAAAAUCUGCAUGAAGAUGAUUUAGCACGUCAGCUGAAGCAA